AUGGCAAUUAAUACCAAUAGACUGCUUUUCUGUGUUUUUGUGUCGACACUCAUGAGCUCCAUCUUUCUUCUUCUUGUUCCUCAAUCAUGCCAUGCUCAAAUGCAAUACUUUGUUCGUCCCUUGAUGAAUAAUUGCCGCUUUGAUGCUAUAUAUCAACUCGGAGACUCCAUAUCCGAUACCGGAAAUUUGAUUCGUGAGACCCCUAUCGGAGCUGCUCUGCCUUUGGCUAGGCUUCCAUAUGGUCAGACUCACUUCAACUAUGCCACCGGUCGGUGCUCCAACGGACUCCUCAUCAUUGACUACUUGGCAUUGACAUCUGGGUUUUCGUUACUCGAUCCCUAUAAGAAUAUUGAUGGAGACUUCAGACAUGGAGUGAACUUUGCAGUUGCUGGUUCUACUGCUUUACCAACACAAAUUCUUGCAGCUAAAAACAUCUCAUCUCCAGUAACUAGCAGCUCUCUCAAUGUUCAACUUGAUUGGAUGUCUACAUAUUUCAAUUCCACAUGUCACGAUAACACAGAAUGUGUUAAAAAGCUGAAGAGCUCUCUGUUCAUGGUUGGAGAGAUAGGAGGGAAUGAUUACAAUUAUGCACUGUUUCAAGGCAAAUCUAUUGAGGAGGUUAAGACCAUUGUGCCCAAUGUUGUCCAUGCUAUAAAGGAUGCUGUUAAAAGAGUUAUUCAUUAUGGUGCAGUCCGAAUAGUAGUUCCCGGUAACUUUCCAAUAGGUUGUUUUCCAAUCUAUCUCACCAGAUUCAAAACCAACGACUCAACAGCUUACGAUGAGCAUCAUUGUCUCAAAGCUUUGAACGACUUUUCGACGUAUCACAACGAUCAUCUACAGAAAGCCAUUGAAGAAUUGAAGCAAGAGUAUCCGAAUGCAAUCAUUGCAUAUGGCGAUUACUUUAACAUCUUCAUAUGGUUGUUCCAAAAUACUGAAUAUCUUGGAUUUAAUGCGACCAACGUGUUAAAAGCUUGUUGUGGAACUGGUGGUGACUAUAAUUUUGAUCCGACAAGAAUGUGUGGAGCUCCGGAUGUUCCAGUUUGUGCCGACCCAGAGACAUUCAUUAGCUGGGAUGGAGUUCAUAUGACACAACGGGCUUACAAGAUUAUGGCGGGAAAACUUAUUCGUGACAUGUUACUUCAACUGCGAUGUGUUACUACUAGGGCUGCAAAUGAACCGACAGCUCGGGCUCGGCUUGGGCUCGUUCGUUAA